AUGGAUCUAUGGUUUCAUUCGAUCCGGAUUUGCUGGUGGAGGGUUUUGUUCCUGAUGAGUGUUUUCCAGGACUAUCUGAGCUCCAUGCUGGACUGCCCGCCGACCUGCAGCUGCUCUCAAACAGAGAUCUAUUGCAAUAAGUCCGACAACGGCCGGUUCUUCCCUUUACUCGCCCUGCAAGACACUGGAAGCAAUGGGACCAGUGUUGACAUAGCAGAGUUAUUCAAAAACAUCUCCUAUAUACACAUAGAGAACUGGACGGGGCUGCAGACUCUGAGAGACGUCGACAUGGAGCUGUACACCGGACUGCAGAGACUAACUAUCAUGAAUUGCAACCUGAGGGUGAUCCAGGCUCGAGCGUUCGCUCAGAACCCACACCUACGCUCCAUAAACUUGUCGAAGAAUCCCCUCACCACCCUGUCGUGGCAGCUCUUCCAGCACCUCCAAGUCUCCGAGCUGCACCUGGACGGAGUGGUGUUCGACUGCGGCUGCGACAUCCGCUGGAUCCAGCUGUGGCAGCAGCGAGGAGAGGCCGGCCUCCACACGCAGCAGCUGUACUGCAGGAACGGAGCCUCCAAGAUACGACUGCACAACAUGUACAUCCACAACUGUGACUUACCAGAGAUCAGUGUGAGCCACAGCAGUGUGUUGGUGAUGCAGGGCGACAAUGUGACGGUGAGCUGCAAUGGAUCUGGAUCACCGCUGCCUGAGGUGGACUGGACCGUCGGCGGCCUGCACUCCAUCAACACCCACCUGUCCAAUGUGUACUGGCCCAACAUCCACUCCAUCAACCUGACGCUGUUCAACAUCAGCCGGGAUGACAACAACUUCCAGCUGACCUGCAUCGCUGAGAACGUGGUGGGGAUGACCAACUCCUCCAUCCAGCUCAACGUGCAAUUUCCUCCGGUCAUCCUGAGACUCGCUGAGCCCGAGCAGCGCCACGAUACCUGCAUCGAGUUCACGGUUCGGGGUUACCCCCAUCCCAAGCUGCGCUGGUUCUACAAGAAAAAGGAGAUCAUCCAGAACGAGUACAUCCGAACCGAGAUGGACUUUUACCAGGACUACCUGGAGGGCUGCCUGACCUUCCAGAACCCAACACACAUCAACAACGGCAACUACACUCUCGAGGCAAGCAACCCUUUGGGAACGGUCGCCAAGACCGUGUAUGGCCACUUCCUCAUGGGCCCGGGCGAUGAAGAAGUUACUUCGACGCCGUCAGAUGGCGAUUCGGGGCGACCAGAUGAAGACACUUUUGGGGUUUCCAUCGCCGUGGGUUUGGCGGGCUUCGCUUGCGUCCUCCUCCUCGUCCUUUUUGUUCUCAUCAACAAAUACGGCCGGCGCUCCAAAUUCGGUAUGAAAGGACCGGUAGCUGUGAUCAGUGGUGAGGAAGACUCGGCCAGCCCUCUUCAUCACGUCAACCACGGCAUCAUCACCCCCUGCACUCUGGAUGCGGGUCCCGAUGCGGUCGUCAUAGGGAUGACUCGUAUUCCGGUGGUGGAGAAUCCUCAGUACUUCAGGCACGGACACAACUGCAACAAGCCAACCACACUAGUCCAGCACAUAAAGCGGAGAGACAUCAUCCUGAAGAGGGAGUUGGGCGAAGGAGCAUUCGGCAAAGUCUUCUUGGCAGAGUGUUACAACCUCAGCCCCACCAAGGACAAGAUGCUGGUGGCUGUCAAGACACUGAAAGAUCCCAACCUGUCGGCAAGAAAGGACUUCCAGAGGGAGGCAGAGCUGCUGACCAAUCUGCAGCAUGACCACAUCGUUAAGUUCUACGGAGUGUGCGUCGACGGAGAUCCUCUCAUCAUGGUGUUCGAAUACAUGAAGCACGGAGACCUCAACAAAUUCCUCAGAGCCCACGGCCCAGACGCCAUGAUCCUGGUCGACGGACAGCCACUGCAGUCCAACGGAGAGCUGGGCCUUUCCCAGAUGCUUCACAUCGCCACCCAGAUCGCCUCGGGCAUGGUCUACCUGGGCUCCCAGCACUUUGUCCACAGAGAUUUGGCAACCCGUAAUUGCCUUGUGGGCAAUGGCCUGCUGGUCAAGAUUGGAGACUUCGGCAUGUCCAGGGACAUCUACAGCAGUGACUACUACAGGCUCUCCCUCCCCAGAGCAGCCCAAGUCCCCCCACACCGGCCCUCGCGCACUCAUGCGAGGGUGGAGAGGUUUAGCAGUGUGCGUGGCAGCUGGGCCAGUUCGGACCUUGCUGGGGGCAACGCCAGCAGUUAUGAAGCACUUGCCUGCUGGGUUGGAGGACACACCAUGCUACCUAUUCGCUGGAUGCCCCCGGAGAGCAUCAUGUACAGGAAGUUCUCCACGGAAAGCGACGUCUGGAGCUUUGGAGUCAUCUUGUGGGAGAUCUUUACCUAUGGGAAGCAGCCUUGGUUUCAGCUGGGUAACAACGAGGUUAUUGAGUGCAUAACCCAGGGCCGGGUUCUGGAGAGGCCACGGAAUUGUCCUAAAGAGGUGUACGACAUCAUGCUGGGCUGCUGGCAGAGGGAACCGCAGCAGCGACUGAACAUUAAGGACAUGCAGAAGGUCCUGUUCGCCAUGGGGAAAGCCACGCCGGUGUACCUGGACAUCCUGGGCUAG